AGUUGCAACGAAAAAGCGAAACAAAAUACAUCUAACAUCUCGAUUUCACCUUCGCGGCUUCGCUUAACCCGUUUGUCAGGUUCCGUUAAGUCCUUUUCCUCCGGCCUCGCCGACUUGCCGGCGGGCCUUUUACCGGCUGAAUCUUUCAUAUCUUCUCUUCAUUUUUCUUCAUCUCCAACGAUCCGACAUUCCACUGGAGAUUCCGAUCUGGCUAUAAUCGCAUAGUUGACCUCAAAUGGGACGGGCAUCGUUCACCGCUGCUUUCACGAUCGUCUCCUUUGUAUUUAUACUGAUCAAUUACGAUGUCGUUUCGUGUUUGUGCUUUUCGAAUAGCAGUCAUCGGACUACCAUGUUUCUCCCGCUCUUUCCUCCCAAAGACCCUUCUUAUCGUUCCUCGCCUUCCCGUCGACUCCUCCAGAAAAUCCCGCCGAAUGCUCGAAUGGCUCUCCACGACGAUCUACUCCUCAACGGAUACUAUACAACCCGUCUUUGGAUUGGAACUCCUUCCCAGAGGUUUGCUCUUAUAGUGGAUACUGGGAGUACUGUUACAUAUGUGCCGUGUAUAACCUGCAAACAAUGCGGCAAGCAUCAGGAUCCUAGAUUUCAGCCAGAAAUGUCAAGUACAUAUCAACCUGUAAAAUGUAAUAUUGACUGUACAUGUGACAAUGAGAGGGAACAAUGCAUUUACGAAAGACAGUAUGCUGAGAUGAGUUCUAGUAGCGGGGUGCUUGGAGAGGACAUUGUUUCCUUUGGAAACCAAAGUGAGCUUGCACCCCAGCGAGCUGUUUUUGGAUGUGAAAAUAGGGAGACUGGUGAUCUUUACAGCCAACACGCUGAUGGUAUAAUGGGCUUGGGUCGUGGGGAUCUCAGUAUAGUGGAUCAGCUAGUUGAGAAACAUGUAAUUAGUGAUUCCUUCUCUUUGUGUUAUGGAGGGAUGGACUUCGGUGGCGGUGCAAUGGUUCUUGGUGGAAUAAAACCCCCUGAAGACAUGGUCUUUACCAAUUCGGAUCCUGUACGCAGUCCAUAUUACAAUAUUGAGCUAAAGGAGAUGCAUGUUGCUGGGAAGGCACUGAAUCUGAAUCCACUGGUUUUUGAUGGAAAUCAUGGGACUGUGCUUGAUAGUGGUACCACAUAUGCUUACCUUCCAGAAGCAGCAUUUGCAGCCUUCAAGAAUGCUGUUAUGAAAGCGGUUCAUUCUCUAAAACAGAUUGAAGGGCCUGAUCCAAAUUACAAAGAUAUCUGCUUUUCUGGUGCAGGAAGUGACAUUUCACAACUCUCGAAAGCCUUUCCGCCUGUCGACAUGGUAUUUACAAAUGGAAAGAAACUUUCUCUGUCCCCUGAAAACUACUUGUUCCGGCAUUCAAAGGAGCGUGGUGCUUAUUGUCUGGGGAUUUUUCAGAAUGGGAAGGAUGCAACUACUCUUCUUGGAGGGAUUAUUGUCCGCAACACACUUGUCACUUAUGAUCGUGAGCAUGAAACGAUCGGUUUCUGGAAAACCAACUGUUCCGAAUUAUGGGGCAGACUUAAUUCAUCUCCUCCACCUCCAACAUUGCCCUCUGGCUUGGAUAACACAAACUCCACAGGAAGUAUGGCCCCUACACUGGUUCCUAGUGGAUCUCCUGGGUAUAAUGCACCUGGGGAAAUUAAAGUUGGAUUCAUUACAUUUUAUAUGUCAUUGAGUGUGAAUUACUCGGACUUGAAGCCUCGCAUUACAGAGCUUACCCAUCUCAUUGCCCAAGAGUUGGACGUUAACAUCUCACAGGUUCACUUAAUGAACUUCUCAACGAAAGGAAAUGAUUCCCUUGUUAAAUGGGCUAUCUUUCCAGCAGGAUCUGCAAAUUAUAUGUCAAAUGCUGCUGCAACGGAAAUAAUACAUCGGUUGGCUGAAACUCGUGUUCGUCUCCCUGAUACAUUUGGCAGUUACAGAAUAUUUGAAUGGGGCAUUGAACACCUGCCAAAAAGGACUGGAUGGCAGCAAAGUUACUUGAUCGUUGUCAUAGCAUUUUCAGUUGUGUUGAUACUUGGAUUAUCAGCUUUGUUAGGAUUGUUGAUAUGGAGGCGGAGGCAAGGAUCGCCUCUUCCAUAUGAACGUGUUGAGACCGUCGUGCGCGAACAAGAACUCCAACCACUAACGUGAAACAAGUCAUGCUAUCCUGAAUGAUACAUGUCUGAAACGCAUGCGGAGACAUUUUUGAAGCGGAAGUACUGAUAUAUUUAGCUUACUUUCAGGUUGAUAUAACUUUUUCCAAAGUAAAAGGAAUUAUAGCCAGUAACAGAUAUGUCAGUGUCAAAUCAACAUUACACUGGAGAGAAGAGUACGAAAGGUCUGCUCCCGAUUUUCUGUAAUGUUACAUUCAUAUGUGAAUAUUGUAAAAUAUCUUGUAAUGAAUAGGUUACUGAUCCUGAUUCUCUCUCUCUCUCUCUCUCUCUCCUGUGUGGUGGUAGGGGGAGGGGGGUGCUGAGGAGGUGGAGGUUUUGCGUGGUUUGGAAGGUUUGUUUUGCACUUUUAUGAAGCUGAGAGUGAGUAUAAAGUUAA